AUGGCCGACCGAGUCCACCCGCGCGACUCGCCCUUUCACACCGAAACGACGCCGUUGUCCUUAUCAAGGCCCUCCCCGCCAGACUCCGAGAAGCCCGUCCCUCCGCCGGGCACCUACGUCAUCCAGAUCCCGAAGGACCAGGUCUACCGGGUCCCGCCUCCGGAGAAUGCCAGCCGCUACCAGAGCUACACUCACCGGAAGCCUCGCCGGAGCUCCUGCCACUGCUGCUGCUGCUGGUUCCUCGGCCUCCUCGCCGCCAUCGUCUUCCUCUCCGCGGCCGCCGCCGGCAUCUUCUACCUCGUCGUCCGCCCCGAGGCCCCCAACUACUCCGUUGAGAGCAUCGCGUUCAAAGGCUUCAACCUCACAACGACGUCGUCCCCGCCGUCCGCCAUCUCGCCGGAGAUCCACGUCACCGUCCGGGCCCAGAACCCUAACAAGAAGAUCGGGAUCUACUACGAGAGAGAGAGCUCCGUCAAGCUCUUUUACUCCGACAUCAAACUGUGUGACGGCGUUCUGCCAGCGUUUUACCAGCCGUCAAAGAACGUAACGGAGUUUCGAACGGCGUUGACGGGGUCCGGGAUCGAACUGACGAGCGCAGUGCAGAAGGGCUUAGUGGAUGCGCAGAAGCAAGGGAAGGUGCCGUUAGAUUUGGACCUGAGAGCGCCCGUUAGAAUUAAAGUGGGGUCCAUUAAGACGUGGACGAUUACCGUAAAGGUUGCCUGUCACCUGACUGUCAAUAAACUGACAGCAGACGCCAGCAUUGUGUCUAGGGACUGUGAUUACGGCGUGGAUCCUUGGUAG